CCAACGGGAAUAAAGCUGUGACCGAAUACGUUAUCCUCUGCUUCUUCCCUUCCACUCUCCGCUCUUUCCCCUUCUCUCCCUCUCCGUCAAACCCUACUUUUUUUGCAAGCAGAUCUCUCGUCUUAAUUACACUGACAUCCUCGUCUUAAUUCCUCGAUCGAUUAAUCUCGAUUGCGAAAUCCUUGCGUGAUCGAAUUGCCGGAAUCCUUGUAUCAUCUUCUUCUUUCGUUACGGGUUUGAGUCGGGAGCGUUGCGGUCGCUCCUGUUUCUGAUCUCCGUCGGAUGGAGCCUCGCGUGGGGGACAAGUUCCGCCUUGGUCGCAAGAUCGGGAGUGGUUCCUUUGGAGAGAUCUAUUUAGGAACUAAUAUCCAAACAAACGAAGAGGUUGCCAUAAAGCUCGAAAAUGUUAAGACGAAGCAUCCGCAGUUGUUAUAUGAAUCAAAGCUAUACAAGAUUUUACAGGGUGGAAGUAUGAAAUUUUUUUUCUUUUUUGAUUGUUUGGAACAAGUUUUUCUACUUUUCUUAUUCAUCAUUGCAAAUUUCUUCUUUUUAUUUGUUUUGGCAGCUGGAAUUCCAAACGUGAGAUGGUAUGGGAUUGAGGGUGAAUACAAUGUCCUUGUGAUGGACUUAUUGGGGCCAAGUCUUGAAGACCUGUUCAAUUUUUGCGGCAGAAAGUUUUCUUUAAAGACAGUUUUGAUGCUUGCAGAUCAGAUGAUCAAUAGAGUUGAAUUUGUGCAUUCUAAGUAUUUUCUACAUCGUGAUAUCAAACCAGAUAACUUUCUUAUGGGUCUUGGGAGACGAGCUAAUCAGGUUUACAUUAUUGAUUUCGGACUUGCCAAGAAGUACAGAGAUAGUUCAACACAUCAGCAUAUUCCAUAUAGAGAGAACAAGAACUUGACUGGGACAGCAAGGUAUGCAAGUGUUAACACCCAUCUUGGCAUCGAGCAAAGCAGGAGAGACGAUAUGGAAUCUCUUGGAUAUGUUCUUAUGUACUUCUUAAGAGGAAGUCUUCCAUGGCAGGGUCUAAAAGCUGGAACUAAGAAACAGAAAUAUGAAAAAAUUAGUGAAAGAAAAGUAGCCACAUCCAUUGAAGCUUUAUGUCGGGGUUAUCCUUCGGAGUUUGCAUCAUACUUCCACUAUUGUCGAUCGCUACGUUUCGAUGAUAAGCCAGAUUAUGCAUACCUUAAGAGAUUGUUCAGGGACCUUUUUAUUCAUGAAGGCUUCCAGUUUGAUUAUGUUUUUGAUUGGACAGUUUUGAAGUCUCAGCAAUCACAGAAUGCUAGUGCUCCUCCACGUCCUAUUAUCUCUGGUGUUGGACCUAGCUCUGGUUUGGUUCCUGCCACUGCAAAUGAUAAACAUUCUGGUGGUGAAGAAGGAAGGAUAAGUGGCUGGCCAGCAGCAGACUCCCCCCAUCUUGCUCGAGUUCCACCUCCAGCUGUACAUGCAGGGACCUUGGCAAAACAGAAGACUCCUCUUGGUAAUGAACCAUCUGUCAACAAAGAAGCUGCGUUUUCCAGUUCGACUUUUCUGGGGCAAUCAAGCGGAUCUUCAAGGCGAGCUGUUGUUUCUAGCAGCCAGGACAUGUGGGGCUCUGGGGCAGAUCAAUCAUGCACUCACACCACGGAGCAGAGUCCUCGGACUAUCUGUAAAGUUUCAAGUUCCGACGGGAAUUUCCCCUUCGAUUCUGCAGAUCCCAGGCGCAUUUCCUCUGGAAGGAAUUUAGCAAACACUAAGAACUAUGAAUUCACCCUCAAAGGUAUCAGGGGUCUUAGCUUCGAUCAUGAUAAGAGGAUCAGAUACUAGUGUUGUAAACCAAGCUGCUGCCGUGGCCUUGCUUUACAUUCACUCUGUAAAUAUGUAUAACAGAGCAUGAGUAAGAUUAGUCAUUUCCUUGCCAUGAGUUGGUCUAGACCUGCUGAUUAGAGGAAGUGUCCCCAUAGACAGGAAAAGAUUGAGAUGGUGGAUCUGAGGAGCUAUGAUGUCCAGCUUCUGGAUGCCCGUGGUAUGGCUGUACAUUUAUUUAGAGUUGUUGCCAUGGCUCAUGAUUUCUAUCAUUGCAUCAAUGCUAUUUAGUAUGUUGUUUGUAAAAAUUUUUUCUGUAUUUUACAAUUACAUUAAAAUGUUAGUUUUCAAUAUUUAAUGUUAUCUUGAUUAUGGCUU